AUGUGGAGAGACAUACAAGAAGGGAGCCUUCGAGGCGGAGAUUACGGGGAGGGGUCGGGUCGAGGGUUCAGCGGGGAGAGUGGAAGCAGGGCGACCGCGUCCGCCGCCAAUGCCGGUGUGGGUGUUGUCCGCGAUGCGCUCGCGGCCGGAGUUUCUUCAGUCGGGAAGUCUUCUUCCGGGCUGAAAGGACUGAAAACAUCACUAUUGAAGGAAGACGGGGACACCAUUCCCCCGAGAACCCUCGCGUCAGACGCCGGCGCCUCCCCGGCUGCCGGAAAUAAGGGAAGGGGAUUGUGGGACGAAGCCGCCGCUGGGGACUUGGCGGCGCUAGCCGCUGCUCUCACGCCAGGAGGAGAAGGAGAUGUGCACGCCUGCAACGGGGACGGGUGGACGGCGCUCCACAGCGCCGCGCACGCGGGCCAUGGGCUGGCAGUGAUCUCCCUGCUGGUCGGUAGCGGCGCUUCCCCGGCCUCCGUCGCCCGGCGAGGCUACACACCACUGCACUCGGCGUGCAUGAGGGGGAGGUGGCAUUCGGCGGCGGCGCUGCUGGCGUUGGGGGCUGACGCAAACGUGCGGGCGGAUGAUCAGCGUACCCCGUUGCACUUCGCAUGCGAAGCCGGGUCGCCGGAGUGCGCGAAGGAGCUCUUGCAGGCGGACGCAUCGCCGAACGUGUCCGACCAGGACGCCAGGACGCCCCUCCACUUCGCCUGCAUCGACGGGUCUACCGAGUGCGUCCGCCUACUCCUCUCCGCCGGCGCGUCCCACUUCCCCCCGGACGCCUGGGGCCGUGACCCCGCCGCCGUCGCGAGGCAGCUCGAUCGCGCGGGGCCCCUGAAGCUCCUCGAAGCCGCCGCCGCCGCGGGCGGCAAGGGCAGCAGCAGCAGCAGGAGCAGCUCCAGGAAGAAGCCGGGGAGAAGAAACAAGCAUGGCCGCGGCGGGUCGUCGGCUUGGGCCGGUCGGGGGGGAGGCGGGGGGGGCGAUGCGAGUGGCGGGGACGCCGACGCCGCUGCUGCUGCUGCGGCAGAGGGAGUUGACGACGAAGAGGCGGAGAGGGUCAUAGGGGAGGGCGGGCAAAAAGGAGCGACGGCGGUCGUGGGGAACCGUUGGGUGGUGAUGAACGAGAGCGGACGCAUGCUGGAGAGAAGGAGCGGCAAGGUGGCGCUGUUCAAGUCGAUGGCGGCCGCCGUGGACUGGGCGAACGGCCUGACCCUCGACAGGGAGAUCACCAGCGGGUCGUUCCAGGUCGCGGAGGUGGUGCCCGACAUGCGCAAGGCCUUCGAAAAAGAGGUCUUGUUCGAGAUCACCGGCGGGGGCACCGUGAGCGAGGAGGAGGAGGAGGAGAGGCAGGACCCGCAGUGGACUCGCUACCGGCGGCAGCAGGCGGCGGCUCGCAAGGGGGCGAGCGGCGGGGGCGGCGACCGACACAGGAGGGGAGCGUGGACGGCCGCUGCCCAAAGGCGGGACGAGGACGAGGCCCGGGCGAUGGUGGCGGCGACCGCCAACAGGCUGAGAGAGGCCCAGCAGGAGGCCGACAUGCACCGGCAGAAGGCAGCGUCUCUCGAGCGCGCCCUGGAAGCCGUGCUGAAGGAGUGCGACGAUAUUGUCAAGGCCGCCGAGGCCGCGGGGGCAAGGGGCUUGGCGGAGGUUUCGGCGACGGGGGAAGAGGAGGAGGAGGAGGAGGAGGAGGAGGAGGAGGGGUGUCCGGUGUCUACCGCUGCCGCCGACGCCGCUGCUGCGCCUUCGAUGUUGCUCGGGGUUGACAGUCCGGCCGCCGGUUCUUCUGAUGCUUCGCUGCCUCUGUUGUUGCUGGGCGAGGGCGACCCGUCCCAGCAAGCAGCGGGGGAAGCCGAACCCUCUCUGCUGAAUUUCGACGGCGGCGACGGCGAAGAAGAGGCACGCCCCACGAGCCCAUCGCCGUCGGCUGGAGCAGGCGCACCGGCUUGCGGCGAACCGGAACCUGCAGAAGGGACGGAAGGAGCCGAAUCUAGCGGUUCGGAGGAAGGGUCGUCCUGUGGAGAAGACGACGGGGCGUCGGAUGAGGAAGCGCAGCUCGAUUCGUCCUCCGAGCAAAGCGCUGCUGAACCUUCGACGAUACUCGGGGUCGAUGACGACGCUGCUGAUGGCGAUUCUGGUGACGGCGAUGCGGCUUCCGCUCCUUCCUUGUUGCUGGGAGUCGGCGAUCCCGACGCUGCCGGCAGCAGUGGAGCUUCUGCCAUCAGUGCGCCUUCCUUGUUGCUGGGAGUUGACGACCCCGAUGCUGCUGAAGCUUCUGCUUCGGCGCCUUCGUUGUUGCUGGGAGUUGAAGACCAGUCCCGCCAGCAGCCAUCGCCGCAGGGGGAAGCAGGAGGAGCGGGGUCCUCUCUGCUUGAUUUCGGUGAUAACACCGGCGACCAACAUUCCACUACCGCGUCUGCUGCCAACGGCACCGGAGGCAACGAUGGUGGCGAGGACGGCGGCGAGGCAGCGGUGGUGGAGAGGCUCGCCGCGUGGCUCUCGGGGCUGAAGAUCCGGGAGCCGGACGCCUCGCGGUACGCCGGCAGACUUGUCGCUGACGGCUUCGACAGCGAAGAGGCGUUGCGCGGCGUCCGUGAAGAGGAGCUCUUGCAGUACGGCAUGAAGAAGGGCCACGCCAGGCUCGUCGUUAGGCUCCUUGAGCUGUGAUGCCGGCACCGUGUAGCUGCCGCCGUCACCCUCUUUAGGCGCAACCCGGAAAAAGGGCCGUGCGCUUUGGCCCUCGCAUUCUUCCGUUUGACCCUUGCACCCCCUGUGGACGGGCUGGGACGGAGUACCGUUGGGUGUUCAACGACCUAAGUCGAUCGGUUUGCUGUCCGUUGAGAGGUUUGCGGGUACGCUUCGCUUUGCUUGUGUCCUAUUGCUGUACCCAUGCCCGUGCAUCCCCAAGGCGGACUAGCGACGUCAUCACCAGCUGUUGCUUCCGCCCACGGGCGUCACGUUAGGUCGAUAAUGUCCAGAUUGUACCCCCGUCAGGCGAAUUUGUACUCAAAUUUUAUUUUAUUUUUUUCAGUUUGGGGACGCAAUUUGUUCCGCGUAUGGGAGGUGCAACUGUACGAUUUGCACAUUUUUUUGAGUUCGCAAGCCUGUUGAGGCGGAAUCGUCCAACGCUUGGAUCCCCCGGCAACGUAGCUCAGAUUUGCUCAGAUCGGGGCGGGGCGCAGUGGUUGGUGAUGCAGCGGUCUGUUGCGGAUAGACGCGGAAAUCGUGCCGGUUGGCCCGGAACACGAUAAUUGCGGAAUGUUUGUUUUGAAGUGGUCGAACCGCCGACUCAUCGAACACAUCUGCUUGGGGGGAAGUUUGUGGGGCUUGCAAGGAAUGCUCAUGCGGGGCAAUAGUUGAAAUGAAACUAAUAUUCCCUUGCGUUGAUAUUCUAUUAGUGAAGUUCUCCCUCGGAGUACUGCAAGUGUGCACGAGGAUCAAAAUGCGGGCGUUCACAAGGUGUACUCGUUUGUAUGUGUUUUAAGCGCUUGCCAGCCGGCAAACGUCUUUUCUUAUUUUUUGGUAAAACUUGUUGCGUGGGGCAGCUUUCUUGUUCGUGCUGGAGUGUUUUGUCAUGUUUGUGUUUGUCCCAUGCAGUCUGGUGCCAGUCGACACACCUUUUGGUGUGCAUAAUUUCACGUGUUUCAUGUG